CCUCUCACUCUCCCCUCUCUCCCUGCCCCCUCUCGCUCCGCCUCCUCCGUGUCCGCUCCGCCGCGCCCCGCGUUCUGAGAUUGCGCGCGGCGCGCCUCCACUCGACACUCGCGACCAGAAGAACCACCACCACCACUAACGACAACCACCACCACUAACGACAACCACCACCACUAACGACAACCACCACCACUAACGACAACCACCAACAACAACAACCACCACCACUAACGACAACCACCACCACUAACGACAACCACCACCACUAACGACAACCACCACCAAUAACGACAACCACCAACAACAACCACCACGUCGACCACUGCAAGGACGGGCACAGACGGGAGACACCCACGACAGCUCCGUAUCCUCCGGACAACCACCAACAACAGCAACCACCAACAACAGCAACCACCAACAACAGCAACCACCAACAGCAGCAACCACCAACAGCAGCAACCACCACGGGGUGCGAGCGGUGGACCCCUCGACACCGGGGUCCGGCAGGGAUUGUGACUUGGGGUGGGGGGGUCUUGACGCACACAGGAGGGUCCUCGUAUCGAGCGAGGGGGGUCUCGGACUGAGCAGGGAUGUCUAUGACUGAGAGGACCUAAGAGCGAGGGGGUCCCCGCAUCGAGCGAGCGAGGGGGUCCGGGGGGACCCCGCUAUGGCCACUCCGCUGACCUACACCCCGCCUGCCUGGGCGCGCUGGUUGCACGGCGCCCCGCACCUCUCCCUCUCGCUGGGAGCCGCGCCCCGCGAUUUCGCGCCGGGCCAGGGCGCCUACCAGCAGGCGCUGGUGGUGCUGGCCGGCGCGGUGGUGGCGUGCCUCGCGCUCAACGUGCUGCUGCUGCUCCUCUACCUGUGCUGCCUGUGCUGCUCGCGGGCCGGCGUCGGCGGAGCGCCCAAGCAGCGCUCCAGCAGCGGCAGCCGCGUCGCGUGGGCCACCGGCUCGGCCGCUCUCCUCGCGGGGGUGGCUGUGGGUUUGGGUUUCUAUGGAAACGGGGAGGCGAACGAUGGCGCUCAACGCUUCUGUCACGCGCUCAGCAGCGCCAAUGGCACCCUGCACACAGCAAACAGCCUGGUGCUGAGCACCCACGGCAGCGUGGGGGGCGCCGUCAUGCAGGAGAUGGAGCGGCUGGGCGAGGUGUUUGGUGGGCGCAGGGAUCUGCUGUCCCACCUGGACGCGGUGAGGGGCCACGCGCUCACCCUCACCGCGGCGCUGCCCUCGCUCCCCACGGGGGGGGUCUUCUCCCCCGCGGGGGGCCCCGGGUCCCCCUUCCUCCCCCUUGGUGGUGGGGCGGACCCCGCCAUAGGGGCCCCGCUACCCUCUCUGCAGCAGCUGUCGGAAGCCACCGCGGAGUUUGAGGGCUACAGGUGGCCAGGCACGCUGCUGCUGCUGCUCGCCCAGCUGUUCUCCUGCCUCCUCGUGCUGCUGGGCAUCGCCACGCGCGCUCCCUGCUUGCUCAUCUCGCUGACGGUGUUCGCCUCGCUCUCCCUGCUGCUGUGCUGGGCGUCGCUGGCGUUCGAGCUCGCGCUCGGCGUGGGCGUUGCGGACUUCUGCGUGGCUCCUGACCAGUUCAUCGUGAACGUGAGUCGCCAGGACCGCGCCAGCAAAGAGCUACUGGACUAUUACCUCUACUGUCCUCCAGGCGUUGGGAACCCCUUGCAGCAGGAUCUCACCGCGAGUCAGAAGGCUCUGUCAGCCGCACAGGGAGAAGUCCAGGGGCUCCUCGCCGCAUCUGCCCGAGACUUCCCUUCUGCCCGCAGACAAGUAUUGAACCUACAAGGGGAGCUCAACGGCACCGAGACUCAGCUGCAUCUCCUCACAGCCCUCCUCGACUGCCGAGGCCUACACAAGGACUACGUGGAAGGGCUGCACGGGUUGUGCCGGGACGGGCUCUGGGGGCUCCUGCUGCUGGCGCUCGGCUCCGUGCUGGCGGCGCUGGCGUUCAACGCGGUCGUGUGUGCUGCCCCGCGAUCCUGGCACCGCGCGGGCAGCAGUCUCCCCUCUAAGCUGUCGUGGGGGGAUGAGUUCAGCCCGGAUGCGUCUCCAUCCCCGCCCGUGCCCUCUGCCCCCUGCGACUCGGAGUACGCGACCCCCAGCGCAGGGCCGCGGGACUGCGACGAUUACGAUGACGACGGCGACGACGAGGUGUGCGCGGGCGCCAGGGGGGACCCCUUCAACCCGCGGGCGUCUCGGAGGCGGGGCCCCGGACCAGGGGGGGGGCCUGCCCCCCUGCGCACAACCUUCCCCGGCCUCUACAGCUUCCCCGGGGGCAGCCUGGGCAGCCUGGGCAGCGCACGGCCCCCUUCGCAGUCCGUCACCAACGCACCCAUCUCCGAGUACAUGAACCAGAGCGCUGCGUUUGGGAACCCGCGCUACGAGAAUGUCCCACUCAUCGGACGCCACUCACCCCCACCCUCCUACUCCCCCCCUGGGGGCCCGGACAGCUCCACGCCCGUGACCACCCGGGGCUCCAUGCGACACCAGGUGCCACGCACGGCGCUCACCUAGGGGCCAACCAGUGUGGAGACACCCAGAGCCUCUUCCGCCCGGAGCUGCCACCUACCUGAAGCACCCCCCCCCCCCCCGCAGUUCCAGUAAAAUCACUUUGAUGUCCAUCAUCUCAGCUGCCUUCUGAGCCAGUCUUCCCAGCGGCAUUUGUUUCAGCAGCACAAAACCCCCAGAACCGGCUUCACAUCCGAGCCUCGCCCUGUGCACCGCGGGGCCGCGUUACGCACAAAAUGCCGAAGAGCAAAGUGGCAGCGUUGUACGCCAUGGUGGACGCAUCGUCAUCCCAUAGUAACGUCGACAUGCGCGAGCGAUGGAACGUGUGAGCCCGGGGUUUUUUUUAAAAUGUCAGUAUGCCCAUAUAUAUGCCUACCAGUGCUGUGUAGUAAUAUUAUUGUUCUUGCCGUUUUGAGAACGAUGCAUUUAGCCGGGAAAGCCUCAUUCCGAGUCUCUAGGCCCGCUUUUCGGGAGGGUGCUGCCACGACAGCGGGAUGUCUUGGCCAUGCGCCGUGGCGUUUUUUUAGCGUUCGUUUCGGAGGAAACCGUAGAUGGGUCGUUACAAAGCCGCUCGCUGUGCUGGCAAUUCAAUCUUCCCCCCCCCCCCCUUGCGAGCGCACUGCACUGACCAGGCGCUGCGGCUGGCGUACUCUCUGGGAGCAGGCGCGUUCACGGACACGCGUUCACGGCAAGGUCGGUGCGGGUGGACAGCAAAUUCACCCGCGCAGCCGAGGAGCUCUGCGCGUUCCCACCUGCAGUGUGCUUGCAACUACGCCUAACCGUGUGUUUACUAACCAAUCCAUUAACUUGUAGUAGGGACCAGGCGAUAAGGGAGCCCUGUGUGUACUAUAUUGUAUGUAUGUAUAUCGAUUUGCAGGGUGGAUGGGAAGUCACUAUACCCCUGGAUAGAGCGCCUCCUAUUAUUUCUGGUGCAGGUCAGAGUUUAGGGACUUCCUGCCCACCAUGUGAAGUGCACAAACCAGGGGUGGCUGGACCAGGGAUGGGAUAGAUGCACUAGACCAGCUCCCCUAACCCCAAUCUCUAAUCCGUAAUCCCAAACCCCCCCACCACUAACUGUGGCUCCCAGGCACAUCCUGCAGCCUUAGUACCGAGUUGGCCGCCUAUCCAGGCAAAGACCUGGACAGUGCGGGAAUUGGCAUCCACCAUCUGGUGGCAGGAGUUGAUUUGUACGGAGAGCCCGCCUCUAAACUUACCGCAGGUUACCACUGCACAGUUUUGAGCAACAUGUCCCGCGUUUGAUUUGGGGGGGGGGGGGGUGGGGGGUAAAGACCGAAUUGAGGUUCACAACUGAAGUUGGAAAAGUGUAAUUUCCCCGCAACUCUUGCUUCCUGCGAUUGCAUCCAUUGCUCCGUAUCACAGGCUGGAGGACCUGGUGGAAGUUGUGCAGAAUUUGUUUCACACCCCUCCCCCCCACCCCAUUGUACGCCUUGCUGCACAACAAAACUGUGCCGCGUUUGGCCAGAUUUUUAGGGUCACGUGGGUUGUCACAGCAAUGGAAAGAUAUUAAAAGGACACGCAUUUUUAAACAAAAAUGUUGCCGCAUGACCAUGUUUAACAAAACAAAGUGUUUACCGUCUCUAUAAAGGUUAAUGGCUCAGUUUUUU